CGUGAAAAGAAGUGUUAGAGAAGAACAGAUCCAAUAGCAAAACCCAAAUUAAAUUUGGAGGAGUAAACCCUAUCAAAUCAAGUUUGGAAGCAGAGGAAAGUCGAACAAAACACAGAUCGAAUCUCAAAAAUGGCGAUGGCUGCUCUGAGACGUGAGGGAAGGCGGUUCGCUCCUAUGAUCUCCCCCAACCCUAUCAACUCCCUCCGAUCUUCCCUCACUCCUUCCGAGGAGCAGGCCUUUAUUGGAGUCCGUUCUAUUUCGACACAAAUUGUCCGAAACCGGAUGAAGAGUGUUAAGAAUAUCCAGAAAAUCACAAAGGCAAUGAAAAUGGUUGCAGCCUCUAAGCUGCGAGCGAUUCAAGUUAGAGCUGAGAAUUCCCGUGGCUUAUGGCAGCCAUUUACUGCACUUCUUGGUGACACUCCAAGUGUUGAUGUCAAGAAGAAUGUCAUUGUUACAAUUUCUUCUGACAAAGGUCUUUGUGGUGGAAUUAAUUCUACAUCAGUCAAGACAAGCAGGGCUCUUUUUAAGUUGAAUUCUGGUCCUGAUAAAGAAAAUAGAUAUGUUGUUUUGGGAGAGAAGGCAAAGGCUCAAUUGAUACGGGAUUCGAGGAAGGACAUUGAGAUAACCUUAACUGAGCUGCAGAAAAAUCCUUUGAAUUACACCCAGGUUUCUGUUAUUGCAGAUGAAAUCUUGAAGAAUGUGGAGUAUGAUGCAUUGAGAAUUGUUUUCAACAAAUUCGGUUCAGUUGUCUCAUUUAUGCCGACAACAGCAACUAUAUUAUCUCCUGAGAUUGUGGAGAAGGAAGCUGAAGCAGGGGGAAAGAUUGGUGAUCUGGAUUCCUAUGAAAUUGAAGGUGGCGAGACAAAGUCAGAAAUACUUCAGAAUCUUACAGAAUUCCAGUUUUCUUGUGUGAUGUUCAAUGCGGUUUUGGAGAAUGCUUGCAGUGAGCAAGGAGCAAGGAUGUCUGCCAUGGAUAGCUCUAGCAGAAAUGCUGGUGACAUGCUUGAUCGCCUCACACUUACUUAUAACAGAACCCGCCAAGCAUCAAUCACCACAGAACUGAUUGAGAUUAUUUCGGGAGCAUCUGCAUUGGAGGGCUGAUUGUGUGAAUCGCUGCAUACUCUCUAUUUGAUGGCAACGAAAUAAAACCCUAGUGGAGAGCAUAUUAUUUUUGUCGGCUUCUUUCAACAGUCUCCCUAGGUCAACUCAUAUUUUUAUUUUUUUCUUUUUUUUUGUCCCUUGAAGAAGAAGAUUGUCUUUGUGAUUUCAAAUUAUUCUGGAAAUCUUUCUUAUCAUCUCUGAUUGAAGAAUUAUUUUGGCACCGAAACUUUCAUUUCAACUAAGUGCAAUAGUUGAAUGGGUAAUAAUCUGUCGAAAACUGUAUGAUCCAAACACAGUAUAAACCUACUUUAGUUUUGGAUUCGUGCAGUUCAUUUGCCAACUAAGUGCAAUAGUUGAAUGGAUAAAACUGUAUGAUCCAAA